GUGCCCGGGCCGGGCGAUGGCUCCCGGGGCAUCCCCAUAGCCCUGCCCGCCGCCGAGACCCGCCGCGAUUGGCGCUGCCUCGGCGGGAUCGGGGAGCGCCGUGGGAUCUGCUCGGCUUCCCUUCCCUCUCCCGCAACCCGCCGAGCGGGACGGGCGGCCCAGAUUGCGGGCGGAAGGGUCGCGCCCGCUCCGCGGGGUUUGAAAUUCCUGCCCCACACAAAGAGUGGGGUAGCCUCUGGACACAUCCACUGCGCUUUUCACGCCGCGGGCGCUCACCCGCGGAGCGGACCCCUUUCCCACCCCCUGCCCGGGUCUCCCGUCCUUUGCCCGCGGCUGGCCGAGCGGGCGGGUGGGCGCACACCAUGUGGAUCCAGGUCCGCACCAUCGACGGCACGGAGACCCAGACCAUCGACGACCUGAGCCGCCUCACCAAGAUCGAAUGCCUGCGGGAAAAGAUCGAGGAGACUUUCCGCGUGAGCCCCGACCGCCAGCGGCUCUUCUACCGGGGCAAGCAGCUAGAAGAUGGACAUACUUUAUUUGACUACAAUGUUGGACUAAAUGACAUAGUUCAGCUUUUGAUACGUUCUGAUUCUGAAGCUCCUACCACUGCAUCUGUGACAGAUCAGGAUGGAGAAGUCAAUCCCUCUGCUGUUUCCAACUGCAAGAACAAAAUCAAAAAAACAAACAGUGGAUCACCCAGUCAGCCAUCUACGUCAUCUCGUUCGUUUCUCAUUGAUCCUGGCAUUGGGUUGUACAAGAUAAAUGAACUGGUGGAUGCCCGUGAUACCAACAUUGGAGCCUGGUUUGAAGCUCAUAUAGAAAAUGUUACCCGAGCAACAAAGGGACAUAAGAGUAGUAAAGCUCAAGGGAAGAGUGGUAACACUUACAAAAGGACUAAUGGAAACUUAAAUCAAGACCAUUCUAGAGAAAAUGCAAAUAAUUCGGACAGUACACCUUCCACAUCUUACUCAGACUGUAUGGACACUGAUGAAGAAGCUAUUUAUCAUAUCAAGUAUGAUGAGUACCCAGAAAAUGGCAUAAUAGAAAUGGACACAGUUAAUCUUCGACCCCGAGCGAGAACCAUUCUGAAGUGGAGCGAGCUAAAAGUGGGUGAUGUGGUGAUGGUUAACUACAAUGUUGAGACACCAGAAGAAAGAGGAUUUUGGUUUGAUGCAGAAAUUACCUCUUUGAGAGAAAUCUCAAGGACUAACAAAGAGGUUCAUGCUAAAAUUCUGCUGGGAGGUCCAGAAGACACAAUAAAUGAUUGUAAAAUCCUUUUUAUAGAGGAAAUGUACAAGAUUGAAAAGCCAGGAGCCUAUCCAUUGACAUUUGGGGAUGGAGAUUUCAAAAGAAAAAGUGGCCCUGAAUGCAAGCACUGUAGGGCUGAUCCAGAUAAGGAGUGCCGGUUUUGUUCGUGUUACUUGUGUGGUGGCAAACAGGAUGCUCAUAUGCAACUCCUGUGUGAUGAAUGUAAUAUGGCUUAUCAUAUAUACUGCCUGAACCCUCCCUUAAGCAAGAUACCAGAAGAUGAAGACUGGUAUUGUCCUUCCUGCAAAAAUGAUUCUAAUGAAGUUGUAAAGGCUGGAGAAAAGCUCAAACAGAGUAAAAAGAAAGCAAAGAUGCCAUCUGCCAGUACUGAAAGCCAGAGAGACUGGGGAAAGGGCAUGGCCUGUGUUGGUCGCACUAAGGAAUGCACUAUUGUUCCUUCAAAUCAUUAUGGGCCUAUACCUGGUGUUCCUGUUGGGACAACCUGGAAAUUCAGAGUUCAGGUGAGUGAAGCAGGUGUUCACAGGCCCCAUGUUGGUGGAAUCCAUGGACGCAGUAAUGAUGGGGCUUAUUCACUCGUACUAGCUGGAGGAUUUGAAGAUGAAGUGAGCGUUAAACCAAAGGAUAAUCUUCUUGCACAGGAUCGAGGAGAUGAGUUCACUUACACUGGGAGUGGAGGUAGAGAUCUUUCUGGUAAUAAAAGAAUUGGAGAACAUUCAUUUGAUCAGACAUUAACACACAUGAAUAGGGCAUUGGCCCUUAACUGUGAUGCCCCACUGGAUGAUAAAAAUGGAGCAGAGUCAAAGAAUUGGAGAGCUGGUAAACCAGUUAGAGUAGUGCGCAGUUCAAAAGGACGGCGGAUCAGCAAAUAUGCCCCAGAGGAAGGCAACAGAUAUGAUGGCAUUUACAAGGUGGUGAAGUACUGGCCAGAAAUUGGAAAAUGUGGAUUUUUAGUUUGGCGCUAUCUUCUGAGGAGAGAUGAUGUUGAGCCUGCACCUUGGACUUCAGAAGGAAUGGAGAGGUCAAAGAAGCUGGGUCUAAGUGUACAGUAUCCGGAAGGUUAUUUGGAAGCCAUGGCCAGUAAGGAGAAGAAAGAUAAGAUUAAAAAGCAAACUGUGAAACAGGAGCCAACCAGCCAAAGUAAUGGAAACCAGAAAAGGACAAUUGAUGACGCAGGUACAGAGGAACCUACAAAAACACCCAAAGCCAUGAGGAUGGGAGAUGGAGGGAAAGGAGAAGCUUUCCAGCUGACCCAAGAGCAGCAGUGGCUGAUUAGAGAAGACUGCAUGAACCAGAAGCUGUGGGAUGAAGUACUUGCUUCUCUUAAGGAAGGACCAAAUUUUCUGAAGAAACUGGAACAAUCCUUUAUGUGUGUCUGCUGCCAGGAGUUGGUUUACCAGCCAGUGACAACAGAGUGCCUCCACAACGUCUGUAAAAGUUGUUUACAGCGCUCCUUCAGAGCCGAAGUAUUCACCUGCCCUGCCUGCCGCUAUGACCUGGGGAAGGGCUACGUCAUGGCUCCCAACAAGAUCCUGCAGACACUACUGGACCAGUUCUUUCCGGGUUACAGUAAAGGACGAUGAUGUGCUCAGGCCCUUCCGUACGGCUCCCUGUGACUUUAUAGACAGUAAAGGGGAAUAAACAUGGGAAAUUCAGCAGCGGACCAGCCAGCUUGAUGGGACUCAGUAUAUUGUCAUGUUUUGAAGCAGCUAACCCUCUUCCCCUCAUAGCCAUUUCUUGGUGUUGUGAGAAGUCUAAUUCUCAGCUGUCUUUUAACAUCAAGGGUAGUUUUGGCCAGUUAACAAAUAAUUUCUAAAGAAGAAAAAAAAAAAAAAAGAGAAAAGAAAA